AUGGUCCGCGGUCUCACUCUCGCCCUCGCGCUCGCCGCCACCGAUGGGUUCGCUCCGGCGACCAAGAGCAUCCAGCGCGUCGCGCCGGUGAACAUGGAGACGUUGUCCACGUCGACGGGGACCGCGUCCAUGCCGAUGGGCGCCCCCAAGAACGCCCCGGGCGCCGAGUCGACGAUCCUCGUGCAGGGCGGCUCGCUCCGCACCUGGUCCUACCGCUCGCCCCUCGUCGACCAGGUCCAGGUCGUGCUCUCGACGGAGGGCCGCCCCCUGGACGCGGACCUCGAGCUCUGGCACGGCCCGGACAACACGCCGUGCAAGAUGCGCGUGUACGUUGAGAACGGCCAGCUCCGCCCCUUCAGCGCCGUGAUCGCGACGCCCCGCGGCCCCAACACGGUCGCCAUCCGCAACAUCGGCCAGCUCGAGUUCCCCAUCGCCGCCGACGUCUACGCCAACGACGUCGAGAACCCCUCCGCCGAGACCGUCAGCUCGGCCACGACCAUCCAGGGCGGUGCGCUCCGCACGUACCCGUUCGACCCCCUCGUCAACUCCGUCGAGGUCCUCCUCCGCACGGAUGGCCGGCCCCUCAACGCGCGCAUCGAGCUCCUCCAGGGCCCGAACAACAACAAGCAGGUCAUCGAGCUGUACACGGAGGACGGCCUUGACCGCCCCUUCUUCGCCAUCCUCGAGACGCCCGGCUCGGGCAACGUCGUGCGCAUCGUCAACACGGCGCCCGUCGAGUUCCCCAUGACGGCGGCCGUCGUCCCCCACUCCAUCGACGACAAGAUGGCGUCGGGCGCCUUCGACGGCGACGUCGUCAUCGGCGGCGACAUCGGCUGCGACUACGACGUCGAGGACGACGAGGAGCCGUCGUCGGCGGAGAGCGACGAUUCCUACGACCCGGAGAUGCCGUCGACGCCCAAGGCGCGGCGGCGGCCCGCGGCGCCGCCCCCGCGGCCGCGGAAGAAGCGGCGGCGCCGCCGCGCCGUCGCGGCGGCGUCGUCGAGCAGCGACUCCGACGACGGCGGCCCGCGGACGCUCUACUGCGCGCUCUGCCGCCGCGACGUCCACGAGGACAGCUUCUCGGCCGCCGUCAAGCGCGGCGACUACGGGAAGCACAUGACGGAGCCCUUCUGCCUCGCCCACAGCGCCGGCGACCAGCGCAGAUACGCGCUGCGGCCCGCGCGCGAGGACACGAGCGAUAGCGACGACGACGGCGACAGCGACGGCGACGGCGUUUCCCGCGGCCUCGCCGGCGGCCGCCUCGCCGCGAAUCUCCUCGCGCGCCACGGCCUCGAGAGCGACGAGGACGUCGUCAUGGCCGACGGCGACGACGACGCGCUCGACCGCGCAGCACAAGAGAGCGAGAUUCCCAACUUCAAAGGCUCCGAUCUCGGCCAUUUUCCACUCGCCCUCGACCGCGCGGAGACGAUCCUGGAGACGGGCCGCGGCCGGCUCCGCGGCGCGAACCGGCGCCUCCGCUUCGACGACGACGACGACGAUGAGGAGGAAGAGGAGGCGGCGGCGCCCGAGGCGCCCGAGCCCGACGACGACGACGACGACGGCGGCGGCGACGAGUGCGCGAUCUGCUUCGAGGCCAUCACGGCGCGCGACGGCUUCACGACGGCGUGCGCGCACCAGUUCCACGCGUCGUGCGUGGCGGCCAUGCGCGCGGCGGCGGCCGGCGGCGCGUCGCGCUGCCCCAUGUGCCGCGCGGCGUUUCCGGCCGUCGUGUCGGACGCGCUCGACCGCGGCGCCGCGGGCGCCGCCGCGGCGGCGGAGACGCGGGGCCUCCGCGCGGGCGACGGCGUGCAGGUCCGGUGGGAGGUCGAGGGGCCCGGCGGCGCCGCGACCCUCGAGUGGUACGACGCGACGCUCGUGCGCCACCUCGGCGCGCACGGCCACGUCGGCCUCGCCGUUGCCGAGGUGCCCGAGCGGUUCCUCUCCGCGCGCGGCUUCGUCCUCGCGUACAAGGACGAGCCGGGCGAGCGCCACGUCAUGCUCGCGUCCGACGGCCUCCUCUUCGACGCGGCCGAGGGCCUCUCCAUGCACUGGCGCGCCACGCCCCGGCCCCGCCGCCGCCGCCGCAUCGUCGCCGACGACGACGACGACGACGGCGCCUUCAUGGCGCGCACGGCGCCUCCCGUUGCCAAGACGACGGAGACAAGCCCUGCGUCCCUCCUCGACGAUGCGACGAUGCAUCUCCGCCUCAUCCUCGUCGUGACGGCCCUCCUGGGCAUACUCGUGGAGCGCCUCCACACGUCGGUGGACGGCAAGCUCCUCAAACCCGCGAAGAAGCUCUUCUUCCUCGCCGGCGUGCUCGCCCUCGGCCUCCGCGCGACGGGCGUCGCCCUCGAGGGCGACGUCGCGCUCCUCGGAGCGGCCGCGCUCCUGGCCGUCGCCGUCGCCGUCGAGGCGUCGUGCGCUCGACGGGACGACCGGGCCCUCGACGCCCUCGCGUCCCGCCUCGUGCGCGGCGACGCGCGCAUGUUCCACGCCUUCGCCGCCGCCGCGACGUCGACGCGCCGCAUCAAUCGCACGGUCGCCGGGGCGACGAAGGCGAGCUGGCGCGACGCGGCCGAAUACUGUGCGGAAUACGCGGCCGUCCGCGAGGAGUUCCUCGCGCGCCACGACCUCCCGGCGACGUUCGAGUUCCACGCGUACCUGGCGAAAGCGCUCCGCGCGUCCGCGGCGUCGCUCCUCGCGCCGCGCGCGGAGUCGCUCCUCGCCGUCGCGGUCGCGAUGCGCUGGUUCGGCGACGGGGGCUUUCCCUCGUUCCUGCUCGUCGUCGGCCUCGUCCUCCGCGCGCUCGUCGUGAACACGACGCGCGACGUCCUGUUCCGGGCGACGACGCCCGUCGACGGGCCGCCGGGGACUUUGGGGGCGGCGCUCGAGGCGGCCCGGGCCCGCGCGGCCGGCGGCCGGCCCGCGUCCAAGAGCGUGCGCGCCGUCCUCGGCGACGACCAGCCGCGCCUCGUCGGCGGCCUCGUCAACGCCUACGUGCUCCUCGCCUGCGCCUUCGCGGCGACGACGGUGACUGUCGCGGCCGCGGGCGCUCUGGCGCUCGCCGCCUCGCUCGUCGCCGAGUCGGCGUUCCUCUCGGCGACGGCGGACGCGGACGCGGCCUUGGUCGACGGCGAGCUCGAGGCGCUCCUGGCGAAGGAGCACGCCGCGCGGUCCCUCGCGGCGUCGGUGCGCCGCGCCGUCGCGGACCGCGGCGUCGCGUCGUUGUCUCAGCUCGAGGGCGCCUGGGACUCCUUCGCCGGCGACGGCGACGGCGCGCUGUCGCCGGGGGACGCCGCGCGCUUCUUCCUCUGGCUCCACGGCCACCGCGUGCCGCGGGCGCGCCUCGCGGCGCUCCUCGACCGCGUCGCGGCCUUCGACGACCUCGCGGCGCUCCUCGAGCCCGACGCGCCGCUGCCGCGGCUCGCCGUCGCGGCGGAGCGGCCCGUCGCCUGGUGGCUCGAGAGCCCCCGGGACGCCGUCGGGCGCGUCGCCGAGGGCACGACGUGCAUCCCCACGUUCCUCGCGGCAAUCUCGCCGGCGAAGACGCCGAGGAGCGAGGCCCCGGGCCCGUCGCCGGCGAAGAGCGACGAGAGCGCCGAAUCCACCGCGCUCCCGACGCGCGCCGAACCCGACGCCGAGUAG